AUGGAUUCUAUAACUUUGGGCAAUAAUGAUGUAGAAACCUCUCGAACUAACAAAUCUUCUACAAUACCUUCACCUGAUGUUAAUUCAAACAUGGUUUAUUUAAAUAUAUACGAUUUAGAUAAUGUUUCAAAAGUUAUAAACUCCGUUGCAAAACCUAUUGGAACAGGCGCUUUUCAUGCUGGGGUUGAAGUUUACGGCUACGAGUAUUCUUUCGGUUAUGUAUCGAAUGGUAAAACCGGAGUAAUGAAAUCGAAUCCAAGAUAUCAUCCACAUCAUGUUUAUCGUGAAAGUAUUUCUAUGGGUAAAACACCAUUAACAAAAACUGAAGUUGAUCUCCUUGUUGAUGCUAUGAAACUCCAAUGGAUUGGAGAUACAUAUGAUAUAUUAUCAAGAAAUUGUUUAAACUAUGCUGAUUAUUUUUGUAAUUUACUAGAUGUUGGAGGGGUACCUGACUGGUUAAUGAGUUUACAAAAAAAUUUAAUUUGGGUAAAAUCAAAUAUUAAUGUUGCAUCUAGUAAAUUGAAGGAAUUAAAUAAGGCUUCUGGAUUGCCAAAUGUUUUAAAUUAUGUUAAGAAAAAGUGCAUCAAAAAAGAUGAAAAACACCAAAAAUGUAAAGUUGUUUUAAAAUAA